AUGGCUCCUCAGACACGACACAAUGCGAAUUUCGAGAAGAGGAAGGAGGGUCCUUCUCUUCAGAAAAUCUUGAAACAAGAGGACGACAGGAACAAGUUCUUGAAGGAUCUGGCAAAAAGGGCUGAUGAAAGUGAAGUAAAGGCUGCCCGUCUCAAGCUAAAUUUGAACGAGCAACGAAAAUUGCGCAUGCGCUAUCAGGGAGAAAUGGAGAAACUGAGCAAGCAGAUUGCCGAGUACCAAAAGAGCGUAGAAAAAAACUCUUACGUCGCGGUUCUCAUUGACGGCGAUGGUGCAAUCUUCCAUGAGGCGUUUCUACAGACGCCUGCCCAAGGAGCUCCUGAAGCUUGCCGGAGGCUACAUGAGAACAUCAAAGACCAUCUCAAGUCGACAGGUGUGAAGGACCUACCCGUCUUCGCUCGCGUUUAUGCCGAUCUUGACAAUCUGGCGAACGCUAUCCACCAAUCCGGAAUUGUUGACUACAAGGAGAAGGUCUCCAGAUUCUUCGAGCACUUCACCAACAGCCGUGCUGAGUUUGAGUUUAUCAAUGUUGGUUAUGGUAAAGAGAACGCAGAUUGCAAGAUGAAGAGAAUGCUGGAGUACUAUUGCACCGACCCUCGGUGUGAGAGAAUCUACUUUGUCGGCUGUCAUGACGGAGGCUACAGCCAUGCUCUCAAGGAACAUUUCAACAACCUCGAGGAGCCAGAGAAGCGCAUCUUCUUAGUCGAAACAACCCCCGCCAGCUACUUAUUGAAGCCGAUCGGCUUCAAAAUGUUGAGUUUCGGUGAUGUCUUUAGAAAGGAGCGUCUCCCAACAGGAAGCCCUUUCUUUACAAUUGACCGCGAGAUCCUACCCACAGAAAGUCUGACUUGCCCCCCAAGCCCCUCGACGAUGGUCGGGUCUCCGAUUCUAGAUGAGGCCGUGCCUGUGAAGCAGACACUGCCCAUCAGACUCUCACCCAGUCACGCAUCAUCAGCAAGCAACGAUGGCUUCCCACCUGCCAUCCUCCAGCCAGUCAGGUCCGCUAAAUACAUCUAUUUCAACAAGAAUGGAGCUCGAGUAGACCCCGAGCUGGACGAACCCAGUCAGGAGGCCAAGGAUUCAUACAUGGAGAAGCUCACUGCACUGAAAUCCGCCGGCACAAAACAAAAGAUCUUCUGCAACUCGUGGUACCUGAAUGGCCAAUGUCGCUGGGCAGAGGACUGCGAAAAGGUGCACGAUGUGGAGCUCACCGAGGAGGAACUCCUGGUCCAUAGGGAGAAGGUCCGCGGCUCUCAUUGCAACAACGGGGUAAAGUGCGCAGAUUUCGAUUGUAUGCUCAGCCAUCAUUGCCCCAAGGGCCAGGAUUGCCCCAGAAAGUACAAGUGCAAGUUCAUCACGAAGAAGGAGGGAAAUUUGCAUUACGAUGACGCGUCCCUGAAGAUUGUGUCUUGUCAGAGGGAGCGUACCCCUGGUCCUCCCAUCAAACUGAAACUCGACGACUGUUAA